UGUAACAACCCUGGUAGAAGUAGUAGUAGUAUUAGUAGUUAGAUGUAGAAGAGGAGUAAAGGUAGCAGCUUUACUAGCUAGAAGAAGAAUAAGUGGCAGCAGCAGGUGGAGAGGAGGAGGUGCGGCAGGUGGGCCGACGAGAAGCGUCUUCGAAGGGCUCAGGCGAGCUUGAUGGAACAGUCAGGCGAGAGGUGGUCCGGGCGGAGCUCUGGUAGGGACGACGGAGCUAGGGCAUCCUCAAAGCUCGGAGAGGGCGCUGGGAUGUCCGACGGAGUCCAUGGAGUUGGGGCGAAGAAGAGGACUGGCGGAUCGAAGCUUCAGGAUCUCGGAGCGGAGGCAAAACGCGAACCCAGUACCCGCCGGGUAGCGGAUGAUGCGGAUAAGGUCGAGCCGACGCCCGAUUGCCCGUUACAAGCAGCUAUGAACCGGAAAGCCCAGAAGAGGGCCCAACUACCCCGAAUGGCAGCCCAACCCGACAACAUCUUAUUUUGUCACUUUGUUGUUAACCCUCAGAGAAUAUGUAAUUUUCAUUUCAGUAUAGAACCAAAAGUAGUAUAAGUACGAGAAUGUUAAGCAUUACAAGGGUAGGAAUGGAAAUGAACUAGCUUGUCUUCUUCCCCAAUUAUCCUCUCUUUCUCAUUCCCCAAACCCUAUUCUAAUUCUUCUAAAACCCUAUCCUCUUCCUCCCAAUCUCUCGCCUUAUCUCUCUUUGUUUUCUCUACCUCUCCUUCUCUUUCACAAACUCACCUCCAAAUCACCCCAAAUCAUCCGGUACAUAACAGAAUCUAAAUAAUCUAAUCGCCUCAGCAACCCUCAGAUUCCGUCCUCCUCCCGCUCCGGCGACGGCGAUGGCGGCGACCCCCGCCCCUCCGACGGGGCAAAACCCUAGCCUGGACGCGGCGGCGGCGGCGGCGGCGGCGCUUCCGCCGCCGCCGGGGACGGACAUGACGGGGAUCUGCUUCCGCGACCAGCUGUGGCUCAACACCUACCCCCUCGACCGCAACCUCGUCUUCGACUACUUCGCCCUCUCCCCCUUCUACGACUUCUCCUGCAACAACGAGACCCUCCGCGCCCGCUCCAUCCACCCCCUCGACCUCUCCCACCUCUCGAAGAUGACGGGGAACGAGUACAUGCUGAGCGAGGUGAUGGAGCCCCACCUGUUCGUGAUCCGGAAGCAGAAGAGGGAUGGCCCGGAGAAGGUGACGCCGAUGCUCACGUAUUACAUUCUCGACGGAUCGAUCUACCAGUCGCCUCAGCUUUGUAACGUUUUCGCCGCGCGCAUUGGUAGGGCUCUCUAUCACAUAUCAAAAGCUUUUAACAUCGCAUCCACCAAGUUGGAAAAGAUUGGACACGCUGAAGCUGAAAGUGAAGCAGCCAGCUCGGAAUCAAAGACGACGAAGGAGACAAUCAACAUAAAGGAAUUAAAGCGAGUUGAUCACAUUCUUGCUUCGUUGCAAAGGAAGCUACCUCCAGCCCCUGCGCCACCACCAUUUCCAGAGGGCUACAUGCCUCCACCAACGUCCGAACCCGAGAAAGGCCCUGAAGAUCAACAAUCCUUGGAGACGCAGCUUCCGCCACUGGACCCAAUCAUCGAUCAAGGCCCGGCCAAAAGGCUCAGGAUUCAGUAACACAUUGUUGUACAUGAAGCGGCGAUCCAUGUUAGAAAUUGAUUUACCUUGUCUAAGUAAUUUCCCUAUAACAAGUCUCAGGAUUCAGUAACACAUUGUUGUACAUGAAGCGGAGAUCCAUGUUAGAAAUUGAUUUACCUUGUCUAAGUAAUUUCCCUAUAACAAGUCUCAUAAUUCAUACAAGAUAACUUGACAUUAUCCUAGUGGUCCUCAUGUUUGUAUAUAUGUUAGGGUAGACCUCAUACAUGCAUACAUAUUAGGAUGCUGAGUUAAGUUCUAUUUUUUUUUUAUUUUCCGUUUUAGUGCGAGAAGUUUCUGAAUUGUUAUUGACGUCCCUCUGCGAGUGGAGAAAGAUAUAGACAGCAAUCAAGUGGGAACUAAACUAUAGCUGGUUGUGACCAGUUGUUGCUUUUCCCCUUUCGUUUGUUUUUCUUUUUCUAAAAAAGAAAUUGUGCA